AUGGCUGUCGCUGCUUCAAUGAAAAAUUUGAUUGACACUGCACAUAUUAUUGAAUCGAAAGGCACACAUAAAUAUUCCAUUAUAUGGCUUCAUGGUAUUGGUAAUAGUUCAGAUACUUAUAAGGAUAUAUUUACUCAGAUACAACCACAAAAUACAAGAAUUGUAUUACCAAAUGCACCACAACAAUGGAUUACUAUUCAAGACCGUCAACAUUAUUUACGAAGCUGGUAUGAAGCUGAAGGAACUGAUAUUCCGAAAAUUUUCCAAUUAAACGAAGCGAUAAAUGAAUUAAUCGAUGGAGAACUUAAACUAGUCAAAGACGCAUCUCAUAUUAUUAUUGGUGGUUUUAGUCAAGGUGGUAGUGUGUCAUUGCUUGUUGGUUUAUAUUACUAUAAACAACAAUUAGGUGGUAUUAUAUGCUGUGGUAGUGACGUCCCAUUUCGUGAUAAAAUAUCACAACUUAUGGGUGAAUAUGCAACAAAAGUACCCAUUUUGGUAUAUCAUGGUAAAGAUGAUAACCGGGUUAAAUGGGAUGUUACAAAAACUGGUCUUGAAUUAUUAGAAAAAAAUGGCGUAAAAGAUAAUAUACAAGUUGUAGUGGAAGAUGGAGUCGGGCAUACUAUUAGUGAAAAAGGAUUACAUUUAAUUGUUAUGUUUAUUACUAAACAGUUUAAAUUAUAA